ACACAAAACUUUAUCCUUUAAACUUUACUAAUAAAUACUGUACACUUAACUCCCAGAAUCCUUAACCUGAAGGCAGAAAUGUAAAAAUGUAAACCCGGUCCGCUUCCACCAAUCAGAGGCUUCCACCAGACUCCUUCUCUGGAAGUUUGCUGAUUUUUGUGUCAGGUCCCUGGGCCUCUGUGAAAGCAAGUCCCGCGAUGUAUUUUAUACUUACAGCACAGGUACUCCUCCCCUCGCACCAACGGCUCCCUGGGCCUCUGUGAAAGCAAGCCCCGCGAUGUAAAUAGGGGGGAAAUGAUUUAUAUUUGUCAGUAAAACAGACCAAAAUCACCAUCUAAAGGGGUUUGAAGAUUUUUGUCUGAAAACAGUCGUUUGACAGGAUCUCAAACAAAUUACCAGAUACUGAUGGAAGUGGAAUCCACAUAGGCUUUAAAAAGGAUGUGAAUAAACAUUUGAGAAACACUUAAAGUGCAGAGAAAUUGUUCCACAUGGAUGUUGGAUGGGCCUUCCGUGCAAUGAUUCUUUAAGGGUUCAUUUUAGAAGACGAACUUAAGUGCAACUCAACAGGGAACAUUGUAAGUCCAUUUUGGCCCUUUGAAAGAUUUCGACACAUGGUUCAUUCAUUGGUGUCUCGGGAUCAAUGUCUUUUCUAAUCGCCCCCCCAUUAGAUGUAAUGUUGUUUAUUCCGUCGGUUAUGUGUAAGCCCCGGUAAAGUCCCAAAACCAGAACUGUUUUGCAUGGUGGAAAAUAAAAUGAACUAAAAUACUUGUUAAAGCAGGAAAGCGAGGUGGAUAAAUCUAAUGGCGCUUCUUCCAAAAUUGAGAGCUUUGAGAGCAAUGAGAGAAAAUUGACUUUUCUAUCGUUCAAGUGGGCACCAUGCAGAGAGGAAAGUGUUGGACCUUGCAAAUAAACUGUCUUCGCAUAACUGAAGGGUGGAACGUUCUGUUUCUAUGUUGAAGCAUUCCAAUGAAAAGUAAUGAUUAACUUUUAUUUCAUUGAACGUCACGUGAUGGCUUCAAUUCAGAUUUUCUGUGUGGCCAUACAUUCCCUUGUAAUGUUUGUUGACGGAGAGGCUGAUGCAAAAAUAAGGCUCGUGAUGUCUUAACCCCUCCAACACCACGACCUUAUUUAUCUGCAAGAUUAUGCCUGAAGUUCACCACUCACAGUUGCCACUACUCCGCCCUGUUGCUGGUCACUGAAGGAGCAUGGUGUUCAGAUUCUCAAGAACACUUCAGACGGCUGCGGAACCCUGAACACAAACACAAAGGAACUCUAGUGUCAGGUCAAGCACCGUUUGUGGAGGGAGACGGACAGACAACGUUUUGGGUCAAGGAUGGUUCUCCAGACUCCUGUUUUUAACACGUCCUUUCCCUGUUGACGGUUUGGUCCGUGAACUGAUUUUUAAAAAUUCUGCUUGCAUCAGCUGGAGACUUCUUUCCGAGUAAGUGAACGGCUGGGGCUGAGACAGUGCAAAGCUGCUGUUGUUAUCUUCUGAGAGAUACCCCUCUCUGCUCCUUCCAUUUCGUGGUAUAUCUCUCGCUAUUCAAAAGCCAAGAGACGUUUAUUAUCAGCCAUCCCUUCCUUCCUCACUGAUCCACAGUUACAGCCAGACAGCAUCAUACAGCUGGAGUACGCAGGGAAGCUCAGCUCUUUCUGUGUUUGCUGUUUGGAUUGUCAUGUUCCACGGGAUGUUUCCGAUCCAGCAACAAGCCCAGCUGCAAACUGACAUUGCAUUUAUAAAAUGCACACUCUCUAAUUGAAAAGGGAUCCUAGUGCCUUGAAAGACAACCCGGUUGACGUCCUCGGCAGAACGAGGUUGACUGACAUUAUUCCUACUACAUGAUCCAAGCAACUCCGCUCUUUAGAAAUCAGUUAUUUUGGGAAGCAGGCGGCUCCACAAAUGAAAGAUUUUUCAAUUGUAAAGCUUUCUCCCGAUUCUACCAAUCGUUCUGAGAACUACGGACGGUUGUCAUGAAGACAUCGAGCAUCUUGCAACCAUAGUAUGUCACUUCGCCAGACUGAAAUGGGCAAGUUAUCUUUUAUGGGCACUAACAUUGGAUAUUUACGUGUUCACUCUCUGUGAUGGAUGGAGCUGAUGCAAAUGAGAGUGCACGAAGUGACGGUAAGCCACAUGAAAUUCCUGGUUUUUCUAUGGUUCAGAAGACAAUCCUCAUCACAUUUCUUUCCUCUAUUAUAAUAAUGACUAUUUUGGGAAAUCUGCUGGUUAUGGUAGCUGUUUGCAAGGAUAGGCAGCUGCGGAAGAUCAAGACCAAUUACUUUAUCGUCUCUUUGGCCUUUGCUGACCUGCUUGUUUCAGUCAUGGUGAUGCCAUUCGGAGCUAUUGAAUUAAUCCAACAGAACUGGAUAUAUGGAGAUACGUUUUGCCUUGUCCGCACUUCUUUGGAUGUCUUGCUAACCACAGCAUCUAUACUUCAUCUCUGCUGCAUUGCUUUAGAUAGGUACUACGCCAUUUGUUGCCAACCUCUGGUUUACAGGAACAAGAUGACACGCUCACGUGUUAUUAUAAUGCUCGGAGGCUGUUGGAUCAUUCCUUCAUUUAUUUCAUUCCUUCCUAUCAUGCAAGGCUGGAACAGUAUUGGGAUUCAGGAACUGGUAGAGAUAAGAAAAUUCCAAAAUGACACAAACACAACAUACUGUGUCUUUAUGGUGAACAAACCUUAUGCCAUUACGUGCUCAGUCGUAGCAUUUUACAUACCUCUUAUUUUAAUGGUACUGGCAUACCAAAGGAUAUACGUGACUGCCAGAGCACAUGCCCGGCAGAUUGAAAUGUUGAAACGUGCAGGUACCUCAAACGAGUCUGGACAACAUGCUGACCAUCACAGCAAUCACAGAAUGAAGACUGAAACCAAAGCAGCCAAAACUCUGUGCAUCAUUAUGGGAUGCUUUUGCCUCUGUUGGGCACCAUUUUUCAUCACAAAUAUUGUGGACCCAUUUAUAAAGUACUCUGUCCCAGACAAGAUUUGGACGGCGUUCCUCUGGCUUGGGUACAUUAAUUCAGGGUUGAAUCCAUUCCUGUACGCUUAUUUGAACAAGUCCUUCAGGCGUGCCUUCCUAACAAUUCUGUGCUGUGGUGAGAGGUACCGGCGAUCUUCUUUACUGGGACAGACAAUACCCUGUUCUACAGCGACAAUCAAUGGAUCAACACAUGUAUUGAGUGACUCAUGGAAUAUCAAGCUGGAAGACGUCAAAGAUAAUGAAGAAUGGGAGCACAUGCCAGAAGAUGCCGUGCUGGGAGGACCAGAUGAUUGGAAGGGGUUUCCAAAGAAGCAGACAUAAAAGCCAGGCUGAAGCUGAAAUCAAAAGAUCUUCCAGCAAAGAGAAAAAGAUAAGAGUAGGCAGUUUUGUAGCUCAUGGGCAAAUGCAGAAAAUUUGAGGAAUGUGCUAUAGUGGAGGUAAAGUCACUUGUUGAGUGCUGUUUUUAAUGGUUGUAUCUGAAGUUAAUUUUCUAAAUAUGAUUUAAAAAAAAACCCAUUUUAAUCCAGACCAAUCUGGAUGCCCAUGGAAUAGAUGAAUUUUAAACAUUGCAUUGAAACUUCAUGCAGAAUUCCUGCCCUGGACCAUUUCAAUUUAGUAAAAAAAAAAAAAAUUCUUAAAAAGUCGAUCUUUUUUGGAGAGACCGGAAUCAGAGUUGUUACCCUACACUGAACCACAAUUUUAGUGAAAAGAUUGACAAAUUCAUAAGUCAAACCCAAUGGAAAGCACUACUGUGGCCUGAAGAUGACAAGAUGAAUUUCUAUCAUCACCAUGGGAAUCUCCAGUGCACUUGGAAAAGCAGGAGCUAUCUUCUAAUUUCCGCAAUGAAUCCUGAUGUUUCCAAUGCACUAGCCUUCCUUUUCAAUACUAGAUUUGUUUGGAAAGUCCAUUCUAGCCAGAAUUAGUGUCAUCAUGGAUCAUCCCCUCUUUGUGUUAGAAUCUGUAUUUCAAAAGUGUUUAAAUAGGAUUAAAUAAAAACAAUUCAAAUUGAGUUAGGUUUAUUGUCAUGUGUAUCGAGGUACAGUGAAAAUAUUUUGGUGCAUGCUAACCAGUCAUCAUACAAUACUUGAGUACAAUCGAGCCAUCCACAGUGUACAAACAUAUGAUAAAGGGAAUAACGUGAAUAACGUUCAGUGCAACAUGCCAAAUUGUGCCAGGAAAUUAAGUUAGUUCUGAUAAACUCCCAUCUCACCAUCCCCAAAGCUACUCAGGUUAAAAUCAGAACUAAAAUGAGUUGGCUAUAAAUUACGUGUGCAGCAUCAAAAGUGAAUGAGUUUUGUUUGUGAAUGCAUACUCUACCCUGCUUCUGAAAUGCAGUUCCAUUCACUUCAAUAGACACAAAACUGAAUGUUCAGCUAUUGCUAGCAGUUAUGACAAGGCUUACAACUCCCAACCAGGUAUGAAUGUAUACAGAAAAGUUUUUAUUACAGUUUCAAACUAACAUUGGUCACUGAUUCUUAGAACCAAAGAAGGAAAUAAAACCCCAAGAACACCUCCUCAAAUGAACUUGGGGAUUUUAUUCAAUCCAAUGGAUAGAUGCAACUGAGUCAAAACCAGUAAUUAAUUUAAUUAUGAUACAGUGCAAGAUAAAAGUUAGACAUCUUGCUUUAAUGACGUAAGAACUGUCGAGUGAUCCUUUUACUUUUAAAGUCUGCAAUAAGGAAACAAUUUUGGUGUGUCAUGCAGCAUUGAGACCUGUAACCAAUUCAUUCACCGCAAUAACGUCAAAGAGUAAACUGCACUAUAAGCACAAUUUAAUCUCUGGAAUUGUUGUUUGAAACCUUAUUAACGCAGUUACUUUUAAUGAUUUCAUACUGUUGCCACCAUAAUGCAAAUUGACCCAUUUAUUUUUCCAAGAAUGUUA